CGACAGCUGUCCGGACCUCACGCUGCACCGAUUUCGCAUCCCAGACUUCUGCCCGCCGGCCCCCGACCAAAUCGACCGCUUCGUGAAGAUCGUGGACGAGGCCAACGGCCGGGGAGAGGCUGUGGCAGUGCACUGUGCCCUGGGAUUUGGACGCACUGGCACCAUGCUGGCCUGUUACCUGGUGAAGGAGCGAGGUUUGGCUGCGGGAGAUGCCAUCGCGGAAGUCCGGCGCCUGCGACCUGGCUCCAUCGAGACCUAUGAGCAAGAGAAAGCAGUCUUCCAGUUCUACCAGAGAACUAAAUAA